GUGUGUCGCAAAUCACGCGUUUUAUUGAUCGUCCUUGUCAUCUUCUGUAGGGGUUCGCGGUCGUGGUUGCCCCGACGACCAACCUCAAUUUACGGUCUAGAAGGCAUCAGAUCAGACCAUUCUCCCGAUUCGACUCUAUUGAGACAACCACGGCUACGAUUAACGAUUAACGGACAUAUUUGAGAUUCACGUCUAUUGAGCGCUAUUUCCGCGAGAGUGUAUAUACUAGAUUCCUCAGCAAGAUACCCAACAGCAUAGCGACCCACGGUUUGGUUCAGCGUUUCUUCUGCGCUUUCCGUCAUUUCACUACUACUGCAUGACGUCUGGCUCUGGGAGCUGCCCUCGAAAGCUUGAGUCCUGGUGACAAGCGGGUGUCAAAAUACAUAGUCAGGAUCACAGUCAACAAACAUGGGGGCCCUCGAUGCCCUGAACCCUUUGAAGGUGGCCAAGCGCCGGUCGUCAAAUAAUUACUCUGCGCUGCCCUUUCAUGAAUCAUCACGCGCGAGAGACUCGAUUGACUCGAUUGACUCGGAGAAACAAAACAUUAUUGAUCAUGACUACGAAGUUUCCAGCGACGACUAUGAUUCUUCAUUGCCCAUCUCUCCCGUUACAAGCUCUUCCAGAGACACUUCUGGGUCAUAUGACUCGGCCCAACCGAUGAUAAAGAGGAGGACAAUCUUGCGGACGCGACAACGAUGUUUUGCAUAUCGAGUGCCUCAGAGAAUCAUACGAUACCUGUGCUUCUUGAUUAUGCUGGGAGUGCUUGCAUUCAUAGGCUUCUUAAUCGCUAUGAGCAUCAUAGACUCAAAGAAGUUGGAGGACAUGGGGAACCAUCGACCGGAAGGAGCUAAACAAUGGGAGUCGUUUCCAUUCUCGGUCCGAUAUUAUGGCGGGAUCAAGGCAUUGGUGUCGCUGGCGAAGAACAAGCCCGAAUACCCCAGGGACCCUGAAGAUGAGACGGAAUUGUUGAACAUCACAGAAGUUAUGUCGUCCAAACUGGGCAUUCCUUCCAGCAAACCGUACAACCCGUAUCCGGACUACAACUCGAGCGCGUACCUGCAGGAAUACGUUCCAGUAAAGGAGUGCUUCCUUGACGCCAAGACCAAUGCCAGGAUCCCGCCUCUACGCUACUACGAGGGUAGGCCGGCUGGGUUCGCUGACCAUAUCAUGGGCUCAUACGAUAUGAUGGGCUUGCCUGAUGAUAUCUGUUUUGACAGGUAUGGAAGACUUGGCCCUUACGGUCACGGCUACUCGUUGCGAAAGGGCGGGCUGGCAAGCGGUAUGCAUGGCGAUAUGGAUGGAGCAGAUCAAGUCUGGAGUGAAGUUCCACAGUACGAUUUCACAAAUGUCGACUGGGCCGAGGCACAGCUACGGUGUUCUAUCUCCAACGCCAAACGCUUCAGAUCAGGCGCUGGCGGUGUCACCAGGAAUAACAAGAGGGCAGAACCUGCUGCUAACGUUAUUGCCCCUGUUACCACUACAGCUUCUGCGGAUUCUACUUCUGCUACCGCCACGCAGCCCCAUGGAAUUGGAGCAAAGCUCGUCCACAGAACUGCAGUUGUUAUCCGCACGUGGGACGAAUUUGUCUACCGCGAGGAGGACAUUCUGUGGCUCCGCGGUCUCAUUACCGAGCUAUCAUUGGGCUCUGGUGGUGAGUAUGACAUUCACCUUCUAGUGCAAGUCAAGGAUGAAUCGAUCCCAGUCUUUGCCGACGAAGAAACUUACACGAAGCACCUCAAAGAGCGCGUCCCUGCAGAAUUCCAAGGCAUCGCAACGCUGUGGUCUGAGACCCAGAUGGUGAUGCUGUACAACGGCAUGGAAGAGACGAACUUCCGCAACCUGCCAAUCCACGGCGUAUACCGCGGCCUAAUCCAAGCACUGCAGUGGUUUGCCCAGAAACACCCUGAAUACGACUUCUUCUGGCAGUGGGAGAUGGACGUGCGAUACACCGGCCACUGGUACAACCUCUUCCAAAAGAUGGAUACCUGGACGAAAGCACAACCCCGCAAGUUCCUUUGGGAGCGCAACAGCCGCUUUUACAUCCCGGCCGUUCACGGCAGCUGGGAAGACUUCAGCCACAUGGUGCGCGUUCAGACCGAGUCUGGCACCGACUCCCCCGGCAACAUCUGGUCGGGCCUAAACGAAGACGGCCAAUCCGUCAACAACGGUCCCAAAGGCGACAAACCCAUCUGGGGCCCCGAGCGCCCCCAGCAUGCCGAGGACUGGUUCGAGACCGAAAACGACCCCGUCCCCCCCCGCCUCUUCAAAGACGACAAGUACGAAUGGGGCGUCGGCGAAGACGCCGAUCUCAUCACUCUCAACCCGCUCUUCGACCCUGACUACACGACCUGGCUCCUCGCUGAGGAUGUCACGGGAUACAACCGCACCAACGGCCUCCCCCCGCGCCGUGCUUCCAUCGUCACCGCUAGCCGCCUUUCCCGCCGCCUACUCAACACCAUGCACCGCGAGACGGCGAUCAAGAAGCACCAUGCCUUUCCCGAGAUGUGGCCCGCGCAGGCGGCGCUAAAUCACGGCUACAAGGCGGUAUACGCGCCGCACCCGAUGUUCGUGGAUCGCGUGUGGCCGCUGCCGUACCUGGGUGCGACGAUGAAUAGUGGGCGCAACGGGGCGACGGGGGCGAGUAAGAUGGGGAUCUUUGGGGAGAGAGAACAUAAUUUGUUGGGGAUGACGUGGUAUUAUAAUUCUGGGUUUGCGGGGAACUUGUGGAGGAGGUGGAUGGGGCUUAAGGUUGAUGAGUUGGGGGGGGAGAAGAUGGAGGUUGGGGAGGGGUCGGAGGGGAGGAUGUGUGUCCCGCCUGUGCUGUUGCAUCCGAUUAAGGGGGUGGAGUUGCCGGUGGAGGAGGUGAGGGUUGAUAAGGGGGGUGGGGAUGCGAUGGGGCCUGGGGCUUAA